AAAUUGCUUGUGAGUUACAGAGGUUGGAUAUGGAAAGGCGGUAGAAUUUCUCUCCCAGCCACUCAUUGUUUCAAUCAUAGCCACUCCAAUUCCACUUCAGAGCCACCACCAAUCUCCUUGCCCCACAAUACUACUACCAUCCUCUUGUCGAUGUUUUGAUCCAGCUAUCUGAUAUCUCAAAGCAUUUGGGGCAAGUGAUGAGAGAUAAGGGAUCCCCUUCCCCUUUCAUAGACAUCGAUCAUCCAUUGCUAGUGUGCGAUCUAGGCUAAAUUUUUGGCACAAUGGCAACGCAAGCUUUACCUCAUGAUCAGCAUAUUUGCUAUGUCCAGUGCAUCUUCUGCAACACCAUCCUUGUGGUUUGUGUUCCAGGAAACAGCUUGGCCAACAAUAGCAUUGUGACAGUAAAAUGUGGACAUUGCUCAAGCCUUCUCUCUGUGAACAUGGGAGCCUUGCUUCAAACACUCACUUUUCAUGAUCAUUUUCAGAAACAAAACAUGGCGUCUCAUAGAGGGAAAAGGAUGGAACAUGGUUCGCCUUCCAAAAGCACAAGGCCUUCCUUUCUGUACACAAUGCCAAAGGAUCAAAAACAAAUGCUCCAGCCGCCACCUGAGAAGAGACAACGUGUUCCUUCUAUGUAUAACAGGUUUAUCAAAGAGGAAAUACAAAGGAUAAAGGCAAACAAUCCAGACAUCAGCCACAGAGAAGCUUUUAGUACUGCAGCAAAAAAUUGGGCUCACCUUCCUCACAUUCAUUUUGGGUUAACGUUGGAUAGCAAUAAGCAAAAGGAGACCGAUGAAGCCAUUAUGGCUGCACCAGCAAGCCAACAAUUAGACCAUGAGAACUUCUUCUGA